ACGCAUAAGAAUUGUAAAACAAUAAUGGCGGCGGGCUCUCUGUUGUUUUGCGCUAGAAGUCUGUGUUUAUUUCCUUCUCAGACAUUGCGAUACUUUUGUACUCAAGGUGAUUCACACACUGUUCAUGUGCCUGUGAUGUUGAAAGAAUGUCUCAGCUUUCUUGCACCCCGUGACGGACAAGUGUUUAUUGAUGCAACAUUUGGAUCGGGGGGACACACAGCAGCAAUCCUUUCGAGCGCAAAAUGUAAAGUUUAUGCCUUCGACAGAGAUCCAGAUGCUAUAGAAAUAGCAAACAUACUUUCAGAAAGACCUGAAUUCAAAGGAAGAUUAAUUCCCAUAUUAGGGAAAUAUAGUAAUAUCUUUGAGAUUUUAAAAAGCCAACGAGUAAAGAAGGAGUCUGUAAAUGGAAUCCUUCUUGAUGUUGGUGCCUCGAGUAUACAAUUUGACAAUCCAGAUAGAGGAUUUUCAUUUUACAAAGAUGGUCCUCUAGAUAUGAGAAUGGGAGUGAAAGGUACCACACUGGAGUCAGUGGGUGGCAAGAGGUUGCUGAUGACAGCAGCUGAUGUGGUGAAUUCUAUCAACGAGACAGAACUUACAGCUGUAUUGAGACAGUAUGGACAAGAAAAGGAAGCUGUUCGCAUUUCAAGAGCAAUCGUCAAAGCCCGGUCAAAGAUGCCGAUACUUUUCACAAGACAGUUAGCAGCCAUUGUCACUGCUGCUGUGCGUCACAGCCGAUCGGACAGAUUUGCCCGACCCAUCCACCCAGCAACGAGAACGUUUCAAGCAUUGCGCAUACUCGUAAAUGAUGAGCUAAAUGAACUUCAGUGCGUCCUAAAAGCAGCGCAUAAACUUCUUCGUCCCGGCGGGCGGCUGGUGGUCAUUUCAUUUCAUGCUUUAGAAGACUCCCUUGUAAGACAUUUCUUUAAAGAUGCGAAUUCUGAAGUCAGUUACAUGCGAUCCAAGACAAACGUGGCGGGCAAAGCGAAAACAAGCGCUUGGUUACCGCUUCACAAGAAAGUUAUUUAUCCCACCGAUGAGGAAGUUUAUCUCAAUCCUCGCUCACGAUCAGCUAAAUUACGAGCGGCGGUAAAAGUGGAUAAUUUAGUUAUGGACUUAACUGAACUCACCAGCUGGUUAGACAAGAAUUCGGGGGAAACGUUUUACAACGGUUCAACGCCAGUCUGAAUAUCUUUAGAACAUUAAAAAUGGGAAAGUUACUUUUAUUAAUGCCCUUAUUUUCUUAAAGAAGUGUCCCUUUUUUCGUACGCAACCGUGGCUGUUUUAAUGGAUCAGACUAUAUUUAUUUGGGGUAUAAAGAAAAACAAAUCAACUUUUUGGUAAUUUUAUAUCAAGGGGGGAAAUGAAAUGGCAAUUUUUGCGGAUUAUAUUGUUGACUGUCAACCCUGGGAAUGUUUAAGGAAGCGAGAGGAAACAAAUUGAAUACAACCUUAUUGAAAAACAAACUA